AUUCAAUCUCUUGUUCCCUAAUUUGUUUGCUUCCUCUCUACUCUUCUCCUUUUCUCUCUGUAUUCUUUGUUGUCUCCGAUCGUUUUUUUCAUUCCCAGUUCUGGAGCUCUUCCCAUCCUCGAUUUACUGCAGGAAUUCAGUAAACAAUUCAAGGAAUCAACAAUUGUUGGAUAGUUGCAAAGGCAGCACCGAUGACAUGGCGGAUGAACAGAAACCCACUCCAGAGAACAUGACGAUGAUGCAGGGCUUCGAGUGGUAUGUUCCCGACGACCAAAAACACUGGCAACGUCUCUAUAACCAAAUACCGCAAUUGAAAGCCACUGGCAUUGACAACAUGUGGAUCCCGCCAGGAUGCAAGGCCUCCUCUCCUUCAGGAAAUGGGUAUGAUGUUUAUGAUUUGUAUGAUCUGGGAGAAUUCGAUCAGAAGGGUGGUAAGGGUACAAAAUGGGGGACCAAGGAGGAGUUAGUGAAGAUGGUAAACAAGGCGAAUGAAGUUGGCAUGGGGAUCUAUUGGGAUGCUGUAUUGAACCACAAAGCAGCAGCAGAUCAUAAACAAAAAUGCCUCGCGCAAGAAGUCGACCCUGAUGACAGGACUAUAACCACCUCCGAUCCCUAUGAAAUCAAUGCCUGGGUCGGUUUUAACUUCCCGGGGCGCGGCAAUAAAUACUCUGCGCAGAAAUACCACUGGUAUCAUUUCUCGGGCACCGACUAUAAUGCGGAUAACAAAAAGACUGCCAUCUACAAGAUUCUGGGUGAUCAUGAGAAGGGAUGGGCCGACUCGGAAGAUGUAGAUGACGAGAAAGGAAAUUAUGACUACCUGAUGUUUGCGGACCUGGAUUAUUCGCAUCCAGAAGUGGAGGAGGAUGUGUUAAACUGGGGCGUUUGGCUCAGCAAGCAGCUCACGAUAAAGGGAAUGAGAUUUGACGCCGUGAAGCAUUACAGCGAAGACUUCCUUCGAAAGUUUAUCACACGUUUGGAUGAGACGCAGGGCGAAGGCUGGUUCUUCGUUGGCGAGUUCUGGAAGGAUGAGUUGAGUGAUAUGUCGCGGUAUUUGGAGCGGAUGGGAAAGAAGUUCAGCUUGUUUGAUGCACCACUUGUGUACAACUUCAGCAAGCUGAGCAAGACAGAGGGUGCAGAUUUGAGGACGGUAUUUGAUGACACGCUGGUUAAGACUGAACCAAUCAAUGCAGUGACGCUGGUGAUGAACCAUGAUACGCAGCCCUACCAAGAACUCGAAGCACCCAUCGAGCCCUUCUUCAAGCCCCUAGCCUACGCUCUCAUCCUGCUCCGUUUCGACGGGUACCCCUGCAUCUUUUACGGCGAUCUCUAUGGCAUCAAGGGGGAACACCCCUUCCCGCCCUCCUGCGGUGGCGCCCUUCCCAGCCUCGUGCUCGCACGCAAGCUCUAUGCAUACGGCCUUCAGCAAGACUACUUUGACUUUGCGACCUGCAUCGGCUGGGUGCGGUACGGUACCUGGGAUCGGCCAUUCGGAUGCGCUGUUGUGCUCUCGAACGCGGGCCCAGGCGAGAAGAGAAUGCACGUAGGCGAGAUGCAUGCAGGAGAGAUAUGGACGGAUAUCCUCGGGUGGAAUAAGAGGGAGGUGACAAUUGACCAGGAUGGCUAUGGGACUUUUACAUGCCCCGGGGUUAGCCUCAGUGUUUGGGUGAACAAGCAUGCAGAGGGUCGAGAGCAGUUUGGGAAGUUUGACACCAAUAUCUACAAGACUUGAUUGGUUGGAGUAGGUUACCGUAGGGUAGAUAGAUGGUUCAGGGGGGGACAGGAAACAAGGCAAUGGGUUCUUUGAUGGAUAC